GGAGAGUCGUGCUGCGAUGAUUGUGUGUGAGUGUGUGUAUCCGUGGGCCCCACAGCUGUGGCUGUGUGUGCUGGCGCGGGCCCGUUCGACUGCCCGGCUAGGCGAUGGUAACGAUGGCGCACUAGAGUCGACGUUCCUCCCCUUCUUUAGUCGACGUUCGCUGCAUGUACGGUAAAGAGGUGUGUGCCACUGUCCACUAUAGAGUGCCCGCGCGCUAUACACAGUGCCCUGCAGUUCGUGCUCGUUAUCUGCCGUUUUGUGUUUGCCUGCCUGCGUGAAAGAUCGGCACAGUGUUUUUGUCACGUUUUUGUUGUGCCGUGACACGACGACGCUAUCGCGACGUUGUUUCCCGCGGCUUCGGAUGCACACACGUGCACAGCCUGCACUGGCAAGGAUUACGGUACGCAAGCAACCCUGGGCAGCCCCGCUUUGUUUCAGCAGUGUGUGCGAUUUGUGUGCGAUUUGUGUGCGCGUCGGGAUCAUAGUGCAGAGUGCAUUCCCUUCUUUUCCGUACCGGUUCGCCGCGUGCAGCAUGUCAGCAGGCGCCUGUGAAGCUGUGCGCAAACAGUGAAGCUCCAAAACCCUGAAUGUGUACGAUCAUUGUUCGGUAAUGCCUUGCAUGCUUUGCAGUGUGUGUGAUUGCGUAUCUCCAAUAAAAUGUCCACUUUUCAAAGGAGGGAAUAAGGCAAAGAUAACACACAAAACGAAUUCCCAACGAGAUAGCUCUGGCUCUUAGUGUGUUUGUGUUGUGUGAGUGUGUGUGUUUGUGUGCUCAAGGUUUCUGCUCUCUUCUGUAGUGCGGACGGAUCCGAAGCCCAAGGUUUAUAGAUGCACACGUGCAGCCACUCUCCGCACCUGACAUAUCGUCGCAAACGAUGCAAUCAAGUGGCAAAUAAACGGGGUCGUGCUCUAUCUCUCGCUCUCUCCUUCUCUCUUUCUCUCUCUCUCUCGCUCUUUUACACGUGUACUACACUGAAGCGGUGUACCAUUGUCGUGCCGGCAUCGAGAACCACACAACGAACGUGCUUCAGGCCUUUAUAUACUAACCUUGACUCGAUCCGACGAUUACUGCACCAGCAACGUGUGCGUGUGUGUGUGCUUUACUAAGUGUAUGCCCUUUACUGUUCUGGGCCGAUUGUCUGGUGUUUGUGGCCCCGCGCUGUAGGAUUGCCUUUUGAGGUGCAUAUGUGUGUGCUGUGUCCGCCGCUCACAAUCUCAUGCGCGUGCAAGUGUGUCAAGUGCGCGCGCUCGCGCGUAUGUACGCGUCGAUCAAUCCACUAAACUACACAGCCAGCGCGAGAGAGCCGCAUAGUGGUGGGUCUCCGAAUUCCUAACCUAACAACUCUGGGGGAAGGCUUUCGGUGAGCGAUUCGGUUUGUUAUGCAAGCAGCGGAGCGGCGGGUAGGUUGUGCAAUGGAACAUAAAACAUCCCUUUGUGUCGUCGCAGCUGUUGCACGCGAUAAGCGGCCGAAACUGAAACGAAACGAUGCACACGCACACACACUCGCUCAACGAACGCUUUGACGGGAAAGUCGAACAGGACGCAAAUGUCACCUGGCACAGGGAUAGAUGAGUGUGGUAGUAAACUAAGUGAGCUAAGUGACGAUAGGAAGGCUUCAGUACCAAAAAGCUGUGGUUCAAUUUGGACCCCAUUUCAAGCACAAUCUUUGUUGGAUCGUGAAGCGGUGUGUGAGAUAGGCUGCGUGAGAUAGACUAGUGAGAAGAGAUGAAUAUCUUUCCCUUUAUUCCUUUUCCGUUCCAAUUAAUCGUAAAUUGUAAUGUCAAACCAUGAUUAUGAGUGAACACAUGUCUCUAUAAUAGGUUAGGUUUUGCCUAUCCUUUCAUAAUCAUUAAAUACAACAUCCCCUUCUGGCUGAGCUUCUACCGAUUGUCGUGUCUGUUAAACUGAACGUCAUUGGAAAGCUAUGUCUACUAUGUGUAUGUAUGUCGGUGUGAGUGCAGCCACUGAAAUCUGACCAAGGUGAAAAGCAAUAGCAAUGUGUGGUUGCGAUGGUGUUGGUAAACAAUUGGCACAACGAAUGCCAAUAGAGUGUGGGCCACACAGAGCAACAAGCGACUUCGAGGGAAAGUAACCGAAGGCCCACCUGAAAACGUGUAUGUAAGAGUUGGCGCUUGGUAUUUCACGCGCUGUAUGGAGGAAAACGUGUGUUUGGCUCCGUUUGGUUGUGCAAGUCGUGCAAUGGCACAGUGUGUCUCGAUCAGCUUCGGUACAAGUUGAUGUGUACAAAAGGGUAAAAGGAUACAAUCAUUUCAGCCAUUUUUGUUUAGUUAGAGUCAUCCUGGACCAGUGUCGUAUGUUUUCCUUCAUCCUUACUGGCUUCCUUGUCACUUAUUUCAUGCGAAAAUGAGGAAAACUUUCCUCUACAGCGCCGUGUGGAGAAAGCAUUGCGCUUGCUAGGGUGCUGCGGUGAAAACGCCCCAGGAAAAACUGCAAACUCCGCAUGCUCAAAAAUAAUUAAGCCAGAGAAAACACUUGGAAAAUGUUACGCGCGCGCUGCAAGCAAACGCAGACCUAAAACAAAAAAUGUUAUGUGAAAGUGAGAUGCUAGCCGGUGCUGGAUAUUGAAGAAAGAGAAAAAAUGGAAAAAAUGAGUACAUCAAAUAGGUUACGAGUCACACGAGCCCCAGCUCAAGAGCGAGAAAAGGGGAAAGCUGAGUAGUUGUAGUAGUCGAAAAUGGGCGCAAAAGCGAGAUAGAGCAACACGAUUGAGAGAUGCCCAAUGUCGGAGGAAACACUGGCAAGUGAAAUCUUGCCCACCUCCACCCCAAAAUAAUAAAAAAGCGAAUUGAAAACACUAAAGUUGUGCCACAGAGACAGAGAGAAAGAGAGAAAGAACCAAAGCAAAAGAGCGACAGAGAAAGCCAAACCGAGUGUUGAUGUGUGUGUGUGUGUGUGUGUGUGUGUGUUUACCUUACAAAAUGUGAAACGUUUGCGCAUCAAAUGCGCAACUUUUAAGCGUGUUGCUGUAUUUGUAUGUGUGUGUGUUUUAAGGGGGGAUGCAUUGUGAUGCAUUGAGGGAGAAGCAACACAUCAUAACAUAACCCCAAAAUUGUGACAAAAUAAGAGUGUACUGCAGUCAUUUCGCCACCCCGCGAAUGUGUGUGCCUUGAAUUGUGAUGAUGAUGAGGAUUGUUUAUGUGUGUUUGUGUGCGUUUUGCGUAUGUGUGUUGCAUUCUUCUCCUUCAGCACCAUCUCUCUCCGCAGUGUGUAGUAACGCAUAUUAUUUUCCUUUCACUCCUUCCCAACAAGCAGCACUCAUAAUUAAGCAUCAACCCCACCAAGCAUAAGCAAGCGAAUCUGUGCGCGCGUGAUUCUUCGCGUGUGAGUUGUUACUUGUGCGAGCUGAAGUGAAGUCAGCUAAAGUGUAAAAUAAAUAACAAAACAGGUAGAACAAGUAGAGAAGAAAGAAAAAGUUGCAUUCGUGUAAGUGGAUAAGGAAGAAGCGCAGCAAAAGGAGGCGCUAUCCCAUCGCUGCUGAUCGUGCGUGCGUGCGUGCGGUUCCGUGUCAGGGUCGCUUACCCGUCGAGCUUACAUGAGAGUGAGCUUUUGGUGUGAGCCUGCUCGUGACCAAAGCUAGUGAAGGUGUUCGCGAGCCCGAAACGCCGCGUGAGGGCUGCGAAAGUAGUAGUCUCACCGCGAGUACCUGUGUAGUGCGCGUGCGUGCGUGCGUGCGCGUGUGUUUGUGUGCCGAUUCCAGCGUCAAAAUUCGAGCAAGGCUAAAGCGCGUUCACCAUUGCGCUAACGGGCAACAGGAUUAUAGAAAGGAGCUAAAGGGGAGGGAACACAGUAAGCUGAUCCCUCUCUUUGUUCUGCUUCUUCCUCGAGCCCUUGCCACUCCGUUCCCUGGCCCGCAUCGAGCGCGCAAGCGGGCGCUACAUUCCUCCCAUUUUUCUUGUGGCCCGCCGGUACAACAAAAUCAUUCACCGUGGAUACCUUAGCAUUGCCACUCGGUGGGCUCUCUCAUGUUAGGAUGGCUCUAGCCAGAUUGCCGGUAGUUAGUGACUGUCCGGCAGGUCAAACUGCUAGAGUUACAUCGAACCUGCACUCGUCCAGUAGCACCAUGGCAAACAGUAGGGUUCCUUCACCCCCGCUGCCGGAAGUCAACACACCGGUGGCGGAAAACUGGUGUUACACUCAGGUCAAAGUGGUCAAAUUCAGCUACAUGUGGACGAUCAACAAUUUCAGCUUCUGCCGGGAAGAGAUGGGCGAAGUGCUGAAAUCCUCCACAUUCUCCGCGGGUGCUAAUGAUAAGCUAAAAUGGUGCUUGCGCGUCAAUCCAAAAGGUCUGGACGAGGAAAGCAAAGACUAUCUCUCCCUCUACCUGCUGCUGGUGUCCUGCAAUAAGUCGGAAGUGCGGGCCAAGUUCAAAUUUUCCAUCCUCAACGCCAAACGCGAGGAGACGAAGGCGAUGGAAUCGCAACGGGCGUACCGGUUCGUGCAGGGCAAGGACUGGGGCUUCAAAAAGUUCAUCCGGCGAGAUUUCCUGCUAGACGAGGCGAACGGCCUGCUGCCGGAGGACAAACUAACGAUAUUCUGCGAGGUCAGCGUAGUGGCCGAUAGUGUGAACAUUUCCGGCCAAAGCAACAUCAUCCAAUUCAAAGUGCCAGAAUGCAAGCUGUCCGAGGACCUAGGGACACUGUUCGACAACGAAAAGUUCAGCGAUGUCACACUAGCGGUCGGUGGCCGAGAAUUCCAGGUGCACAAAGCAAUCCUUGCAGCACGCAGCCCCGUGUUUGCGGCAAUGUUCGAGCACGAGAUGGAGGAGCGAAAGCAGAACCGGGUCGCCAUCACCGACGUGGACCACGAAGUAUUAAAGGAGAUGCUGCGGUUUAUCUACACGGGGAAGGCACCGAACCUGGACAAGAUGGCGGACGAUCUGCUCGCGGCGGCGGACAAGUACGCGCUCGACAAGCUGAAGGUGAUGUGCGAGGAAGCGCUCUGUGUUAACCUGUCGGUCGAGACGGCGGCCGAAACGCUGAUCCUGGCCGAUCUGCACAGCGCGGACCAGCUGAAGGCGCAAACGAUAGACUUCAUCAACACCAGUCAUGCGACGGAUGUGGUGGAGACGGUCGGCUGGAAGAACAUGGUCGCGACCCAUCCGCACCUGCUGAACGAAGCGUACCGGGCGCUGGCCACGCAACAGAUACCACCGAUCGGGCCCCCGCGCAAACGGGUGAAGAUGAGCUGAAAUAAAAUGUUGACAUCCGUAAAUGCCGUGAUGUCAACAACAUCGCCUUCAUCGCCGUCAUCACCGUCAUCGUCGUUGUCGUCGUCGUCGUUAUCAUCACAAAGCUCCUCCUCCUCCUCCAACACCACCACCACCACCAUGAGCACCACGGCAUCAGCAGCAGCAGCAGCAGCAGCAGCAACCCACCUCACCGCUCCCUCCCAGCCAGCAGUGUCAUCUUCCUCUCCGUCCCCGGGCGGAAGUGGCACGUUGGCGGCCACCUCAACCACCUCACCGUCGGCACCGGCACUCGCAGCAGCACUGCUCCUGACAUCCUCACCAGCAUCAUCACCGUCGUCGUCGUCCUCCUCGAACCGGUCGACCAGCACCACCACCACUACUACUACUUCAUCGCAUUGCCAUGGCUACCAGCAGCUGCUACCAUUAUCCUUAGCCGCUUCGCCCUCGCCGGCCCUGGUACAGUCGUCCACGGUGGCAGCUUCGAACAGCGGUUCGGCCUCCCUGUUGAUCAAUCAUCUUACGAGCAGCAGCAAACCGACGCCGUCAUCACCGCCCGGCGCCGCUGCCCCAGCGUCGCCCUCCUCCAGCCCGUCAUCGUCAUCGGUCGGAUCCGGCGGAAGGGUUGAAGCUGCAAAACCGUCGACGACGGUUCGCACUGAGGAGACGAUCGGCGGUAAACGGCAGGCUCCGCUGGUACUGGUGGCAUCGGCGACCACGCCCAGGAAGACAAAACUGAGCCACAGCAGCGGCCACUCCUCUGCCCUCAUCGGUGGACGUGGCGGCGGUGCCGUUGCGGAUAGCGACCCUGCCUGUCCGAAGGUAGCGCUAGCGUCGCCGAUCGUCAACGUGGUGGUGAAUGACAUUGCCGCCGGGCUGGCGAACGCUGUUGCAGCGGCCGUCGCGGACGCCGUCACGGUGGCAACGAUUGGUAGAAACCUGAUCAUGGCAACGACGGCAGCCGCCGCCCCGCCAUCCGCUGGCAACCGGCAUCAUCAUCACAAUGCCCGCACCAACGCCACCACCAACACUAACGGCGGUGGCACCGCGCUCAACUCGUACUCACAGCUGCGCCAACAGCUCGAAAUGGGCUCUUCGGCCGCCGUUGUUGGCGGGGGUGUCGGCAAAGGUGUUGCUGGACCGCAUCAACAUCAUCAUCGUCACCAUCAUCAGGCUUCCUCGCAGCAGCAGCAGCAGCAGCAGCAACACAGUCAUCUGAAGCAAUUUCUUAGCGCCGGUGUUGGAGCCGCUGGAGGUGGUGGUGUGGGUGGUGUAAUGGUGGCUACUGCUGGCGGUGCCGGCAACCAGCACCCUGGUGGUGCAGCACAGCAACACCACCACCAUCAUCACCAUCACCAUCACGUACAUUCGCAGUCGAGAAGGCACGCUGCCGGAGGUAGUAGCAGUGGGGCCGUCGCUGGUGGCAGCACUGCUUCAUCCAGUGGGAGUGGUGUCGCAGCUGCUAACAGCGCCACCUCGCAGCCGGAAGUCGUCGUCACCAUCCAUGACAGCAGCAACGGCAGCAACGGCAGCAGCGGCAGCGGCAGCGGCAACGGUCGUAACAAUAAUCGCUCCACGAAUGCGAUCGUCGAUGCCAACUCAAACCAUCAUCACCACCAUCAUCGAUGGUAGGAAAGGGAAGAGUUGCUGAGCAGGUGGUGGCGCCUGGUGUAGGAGAUGCGGGCUGUGGAAGGGUAGAUCUAACAGCAAAACAACGCUUAAUGCAAAACAGGAGGAUAAUGUACGUUGCACAGUUUAAGAUUAGUGGUGAGAAGGAGUCAGAUGGGUCAGACCAUAGCUGUGCGUGUCCGUGUGCGUCCGCGUGUGUGUGUCCGUGUGUGUGUCUGUCCAUGUAGUGUGUAGUAGAAUGGCAUAGAAGUAGUAGUAAUAUUUGAUAAAAUAGUAAAACAAAAGCAAACAGCCAACACAAGUAUGUGUGUGUGUGUGUGCGUGUGUGUUAGUGUGUGUGCCGCGUGUAGUGAAGAUUGGCAAAGGACAGCGAUUUUGAUGGUUAACACAUCAGGAGGAUUAUAAAGCGCUUUAUGGAUUAUCCAGCACAGUCAGGCGACAUUCUUCUGAUAGUAACCUUUACGCAUCUUUUGUUACAUUACUGACCUUCCUCCUUUCUUCUUUCCACACCGCGUGCAGUGCAAUUGCGUACAUCCUUCCAUCCCCACCUGGUUCUCUCAUUCCAAUGCACACUUUUGCACACACACACGCGCGCGCGCGCGGCCGAUUAAUUGAUUCUCUGUUGCUGCGGAAACGCCAACAGUUUUUCUCUUUCUUUCGCUUCACAAUGCAAAGCGCAGCAUACACGCACACUCACUCACAUACGGACACGGUUUUAGUGUGUUCUUCCGUACUGCGCUCCUUCAUCUCUGCAUCUCUUUCGUUUCGAUUCUCCUGCAACCCUUUUGCAUAGGAGCCGGGUUGGCGUGUACUCUGUUGCCCUUGGUAACAGUGACGCACGCAUCCCGGCUGCUCCAAAGCCUUCUACCACACUACUCGGCAGAUGGCGGUGGGGUGCUAGCCUAGCAACCGACUGGUCUAGCACCUUUCCUAAACAGCUGGCAUGAUUCUUUUGCUAUUUUUUUUUUUUUUCAUUUCAAAUUGUUCAAAGCAUAGAUGAAUGUGUAUGUGUGUGUGUGUGUGUGACACUCAACACAUCACCUCCCCUUUCGCGCAGAGUUAAAAAUAAUUUAUGCAAUGUGAUAUUUUUUUUUUGUCGUCUGUACGUGUUAGCUAAUAUUAAUUAAUUAGUAAUAUGUGAGAGCAUGUGAAGUGAUGAAGAAAUGAAUCGUAAAGGAGCGGAUUAAACAACAAUCACACACACACAUACACACACGCAUGGCACGUCGUACACAACAGGAAGCCAGCAGAUGAGGGUCCAGAAGAAGAGGAUGAUGAUGAUGAUGAUCACAAAAAAUGAUGGGUUGACAGAGGAUAAGAAUUAGAGACGAUAACGUUUGGACGGCAAUGAUGAUAAUAUGGUAAUGUAAUAGGACGGUGACAGAUGAUGCUGAUGAUGUAAGUAAGGCGAAGGUUCCGGCAGAUUGCGGAUGUCAAGCAAAAGGAACGAAAGGGAUGGGAAGGGCGGGCGUUGUUACAGUAGCAGAACAAAGAAUUGUAGAGUGCAUGUGUUGAGGGAGCAGGGGGGGGGGGAGUUGGCCAAUGAAAAAGAAGAAGUAGAAGCAGCAGGAUGUUUGGUUAUCGUGCGUGCAUGCGGCGUGGUAUGCGUGUGUGGGGAUCAAACCGGAGCGCAGGAAGAACGCGGAAGAUGGAUUAAGAUUGCAUUGCGCGAUGCACGACAAAGAAGAUGAUUGUAACAAGAAGAGGCCAAGUGUAAUCUAUUUUGCUGAUAAUAAUGCUAAUAAUAAUGAUGAUGAACCUGUUUAAAGGUAACGUUCUGUAAUUGAGCUCUAGAUUAUGCAUGUGUGUGUGUGUGUGCAAGAUGUAUGUAUGUUUUUUUGUAUGAAAGGUUCAUCUGUGGGAAGGGGGCGGCAGUGUGGACCCCACACCUCACGGGAGAGUGAGAAGCAGGGAAAGAAAUUGGGAAAACGAAUUGCAAUGCAGUGCGCGGUGAAAAAAGCAAUCCGCGUGCACGCACAGACGCACACACACAUACUGUUGUGUAGUAGGGUGUUACUAUUUGGUUUUUUUUACACACUCUGACGUGUGUGUGUGUGUAUGUUGGGUCACAUUGGUGUUGUGCCUGCUUGGAUGAACUCCAACGGGUGGAUAUGUGAGCUUGUUGCGCUCCCCCCAAGUGUUGAUCUGUCUUAAUUGUGCUAGGAAGAAGAUGUGUGUUUUUGCCACCAUCGGUCCCCACCCACCCAAACCAUUCGAUCUCUUUUUUUCCCUCUUCUCUUUCUCUCUUUCUCUCUCUCUCUAUCUUCAUCCCUCCGUCUACGUUGGGCAAAUGGAAGGAUAGCAUUUUUGAAGGACUGCAUGUGACUCGCUGCUUAGUAGAAAACGUAGUAAAUUUGGAUGCAAUCGGAAUCCUAUUGGAUGUAUCUUGCAUUUUUCUUAUUGCAUAAUAGUGAAUGAGAAAGAAGCAACACGUGCGCGGACAAAGCAUAUUUUUUUCGGCUGGGUAUGAUUUUUGAAGCUUACCUCAAACCAACCACACACACACACACAUCCGCAUAUGCACAU